UAGACGCGUGGUCACGUGGUCAGGGCCAGAUCUUACCCGGAUGAGACUGUUCGGGUCCGUGUCAGACUGCAGCCCUCGGACCGGACCAACAUGGACUUCAUGACGGAUCUCGAUGUGCAGAAGUACAUGGAGGAUGGAUACGUGGUCCUGGAUGGGCUCCUGACCCCGCAGGAGUGUGAUGAACUGAGGCAGAGGAUGACAGAGAUCGUAGAUGAGAUGGACGUCCCAGAGCACUGCCGCACCACCUUCUCCACCUAUCACGACGAACAGCUGAAGACACAGAUGCAGGGAAACGCUGACUAUUUCAUCACCAGUGGAGAUAAGAUCCGCUUUUUCUUUGAGAAAGGAGUUUUUGAUGACAAAGGUGAAUUCAUCGUCCCAAAGCAACGAUCGCUGAAUAAAGUCGGACACGCCCUCCAUGCCCACGAGCCUUUAUUCAAAAAGGUUACACAUUCAACUAAAAUCCAGGGUAUAGCAAAGAAGCUGGGUCUUGUGAGUCCUGUGAUUCUGCAGAGCAUGUACAUUUUUAAGCAACCGGGGAUCGGUGGAGAAGUGACGCCUCACCAAGAUGCCACGUUUCUGUACACGGAGCCUCUGGGCAGAGUGAUGGGGCUGUGGAUCGCUCUGGAAGACGCUACUGUUAACAACGGCUGCCUGUGGUUUAUCCCAGGGACCCAGAACAGCGGGAUUUCCAGGCGAAUGGUGCGCACCCCAAAGGGCACCUACCCCCUGACAGACUUCAUCGGUCGAGAACAGCCAUAUGAUGAAGACAAGUUUGUUGCUGCACCAGUUAAAAAAGGUGGCGUAGUCCUGAUCCAUGGUGAGGUGGUGCAUCGUAGUGCUGAGAACACCUCAGAAGACUCCCGCCAUGUGUACACCUUCCACAUCAUGGAGCACCAGGAUACUCACUGGAGCCCUGAAAACUGGUUGCAGCCCACAGAAGAACUUCCUUUCCCACACCUCUACUCUAAAUGAAAGAGGUCUUUAGUAUCUGGUGCAUCACGGGGAAAGAUUAAGAAAAAACUGACCAACAUGUAUGAAGACCUUUUAACACAUUCCUGUAAUUUAGUGUUGUUUUGUUUUCUAUGAUGACUACCUGUAUGUCUGAGCCACAUGAACUAAAACUGAAUCUAAUCACACUGAUGAAAUUAUGUAUGGUUUAUCAAUACCAAAACAAAGCAGAAAAAUAAUUUUAAUAAACAUUUUUUAAGACUUUC